GAGGGGGAAGGAGGAAGUGGGGCGACCCGCGGGGCGACGCCGACGCUCCGGUAGCCGCGGGGGGCUUCGGCGCUCGGGCGGCACCGGCCGGGAACGGGAGCGGGGGAACGGGAGCGCCCCGCCGCGGGGCUGGCGCCGGGCAUGAACGGCUUCGCCCCCGAGGAGGUGACCCCGCGGGGGGCCGACCCCGCCGCCGCCGCCCCGCUGGGCAGCGCGGGAUCCGCCGCCGAGGUACCUCCGCCGCCACCGCCGCCAGCGCCGCCGGGGCUGGCUCCGGGCUCGGCCGCCGGUGCCGGUGCUGGUGCUGGUGCCGGUGCCGUCGCGGGCUCGGCGGGCGCCGCCGGUGCCGGCGGCCCCGGGGCCGGGCAGCUGUGCUGCCUGCGGGAGGAGGGCGAGCGCUGCGGCCGCGCCGCCGGCAACGCCAGCUUCAGCAAGCGGAUCCAGAAGAGCAUCUCGCAGAAGAAGGUCAAGAUCGAGCUGGACAAGAGCGCGAGACAUCUUUAUAUCUGUGACUUCCACAAAAACUUAAUUCAGAGCGUGAGGAAUAGAAGAAAGAGGAAAGGCAGUGAUGAUGAUGGUGACUCACCAGUGCAAGACAUCGACACUCCAGAGGUUGAUUUAUAUCAGUUACAAGUAAACACACUUCGAAGGUACAAAAGACACUUCAAGCUACAGACCAGACCAGGACUUAACAAAGCACAGCUUGUUGAAAUAAUUGGCUGCCAUUUUAGGACAAUUCCAGUGAAUGAAAAGGACACCUUAACAUAUUUCAUCUACUCAGUGAAGAAUGACAAGAACAAACCAGAUCUAAAGAUGGAUAGUGGUGUUCACUAGGCAGAAAAGGUUGGGACUGAGACUCACGCUGCAAAUCAAAAGACUGAGGGUUUUUGUUGAUAUGCAAAAGCUUUCUUUGUAACUUUUUCCUUCCCAGAGAGUUUCUCUGUUUUAUUUUUCAUAACCUUGCUGAUUUGUUUGAAAACCAUCUCUUAUGAAACAAACUUCCUCAGCAAACUAUUUUAAAUAAAUAUCACUGAUAUUGUUGC